UCUAACGAUGAGUGGCAGAGGGAAAACCGGAGGAAAAGCCAGAGCUAAGGCAAAGACCCGCUCCUCUCGUGCUGGGCUCCAGUUCCCAGUCGGUCGUGUUCACAGGCUGCUGCGUAAAGGGAACUACGCGCAGCGGGUCGGUGCCGGCGCCCCCGUCUACCUGGCGGCGGUGCUGGAGUACCUGACCGCUGAGAUCCUGGAGUUGGCUGGAAACGCUGCUCGCGACAACAAGAAGACUCGUAUCAUCCCCCGUCACCUGCAGCUGGCUGUCCGCAACGACGAGGAGCUCAACAAACUGCUGGGCGGAGUGACCAUCGCUCAGGGCGGCGUGCUGCCCAACAUCCAGGCGGUCCUGCUGCCCAAGAAGACCGAGAAGGCCGCCAAGUCCAAGUAAACAUGGAGACUCUCUGUCUGCUGGAACCAGCACCAAAAAGGCUCUUUUAAGAGCCAAACACUCAUCUGAUAAAGAGCUAUUCAUUCAUGCCAUUUACUGGCGAAAACCAUAUUGUAAAUGAACAUCACCGCAUGAAUAAGAUGUUAAUGUGCAUAUGAAAUCUAAAAUAUUAAUUUGGUUUAUUGAUCUAAAGUUGGGCCCAACGGUAGUUAUUCCAGAGUUGACUUUGCACACAAAAUAAGGGUUGUGUCCCAUUUGCUUGAUGCAUUGAGAAAAAUCUAUUGAUUUUAAAAAAGAACACUAGUAAAGCAAGUUAUUCUGUUUUGGCAAAAUGUGACGGGAAAGCAUUGCAAUCAGUGCUAUGUUUGUAUCAUUUCAGUCAUGUAAAAUCCAUGUAAAGCUGUUAAUAGUAUAAUAGUAAUGGUAUGCUUGUUUUUUUCAGGGCUGGAAUUGCAUUUGAUUUUCAUUAUCAACUUGUAUGGCAAUUAUUUUCUCAAAUAAUCUUCCUUGUCUCUAAUGUAAAAUAAAAUGCCUUUCAUAAUUCUCUACAUCCCAAGGUGAUUCAUUCAAAUGUACUGUGUCCAAAUGCUACAAAACCCAAAUGUAAUCUGUGAGCUAUCCCGUAUGAUAAAGAAA